AUGGACUUCAGCCAUAUCCUCGACAUCAUCGGCCAACUCCCCAUUCUCAAAAGCUACACUCACAUUCUUCUCUGCUUCCCCUUGGCUGAUCCCUCUCUCGACUCCCUCGAGUCCGCCGUUCAGCAUCUCGUCGACCUGCUGCCUUUCCUCGCCGGACAGGUCGUGCAUGAAGGGCUCUCUCCCACCUCGUCUGGACAAUUCCUCGUCAAGCCGUAUCCCCAUCCUCGAUCUCCCCUGCGCAUCGAAGACCGUCGCUCCCAGUGCGUCUCCUACGAGACCCUUCUCUCCGCUCAGGCCCCCUCGUCUAUGCUCCCCGGAACUCUUUUGGGCCGUCGUCGUGCUUUCCCCGAGUCCUACGAGGAUUCUCCCGAUGACCCAGCCCCGGUGUUGGACAUCCAGGCGAAUCUCAUCCACGGCGGACUCCUCCUCGAUCUCGCAGCGCAGCAUAACAUCGUCGACGCCAUCGGUCUCUUCCAGAUCGCGCAUCUCCUGGCCUUCGUCAUGCGCGGGGAACCAAUUCCCCAAACAAUGCUCGACGAGGCCAAUCGUCCUCGACACGAUCUCAUCCCGUUACUCGGAGCCGAUGAACCUCUCCUCGACCAUCGUGACCUCCGUCCUGCGCCUGAAUACAUGGUCUCAUCUCCUCAGCCACGAGAAUCUAUAGGGGCCUUUGAAUGGCGAUAUCUACAUAUCGACGCUGUCGCUGUCCAACGUAUUAAGUCCCUCGCGGAUGCACAACCUACUGAUUUCCAUGCUUCCACUCCAUUCAUCUCCGAUAACGACGCCCUCACGGCCUUUCUCUGGCAUCGCAUUACAUAUGUACGUCUCCGUAGACUAAAUACCCCGCAAGCUAUCUCCAGAAUCAGUCGCGCCGUGGACUUCCGUCGUGUGGUGGGUCUCUCACCCUCGUAUCUAGGACACAUGGUCCGCGUCGCAUUCCUCCGUCUCACCUUCCAAGAAGUGGUCGAUAGUUCACUCUCGAAACUCGCUUCCCUGGUCAGGAAAUCCGUCCUCGAUAUCUCAGACAUGUACAGUCUACGUAGCUACGUGACUUAUCUUGCUCGAGAACCGGAUAAAUCUACCAUCAGUUACGGGGGAGGUUUCGACGCCAACACGGACCUGUCAUUUUCGUCAAUUGCGCAUCUCUCACUGCCCGAGUUUGGGGCUCUAGGAAAGCCGGAUCUCCUCAGAAGACCGACAUUUCAGCAGUUGCCGUGCUCGAUGUAUCUUGCGCCUAGUAUGAGGGGAGGGGUUGAGGUGUUGGCUUGUUUGCUUAGGGAGGAGAUGGAGAUGUUGGUGGGUGAGAUGGGAGGAUUUUUGAAUUAUAUUGGAUAG